AGGGAAAGUGUAGGAGAGUGGAGCUUCGACUGGGAAACCUCGCAAAGCACACAGGCACCGUACGAGUGGAAUGGAGAGUGUAGCCUACAUCUGUGCAUGCUCGUGUGUCUGUGUAUGCGUGUGAGAGAGGUGUGGGUGACAGUCCCAUAGAACAGCGUUUCCAGGCAACCGGCCCGACAGUCGGCUCGCGCUCCUUCAAGUCGAACUGCACAACACCGUGCGAAAUCCGUUAUUUGUAUUUAGCCUACAGUAUAGGCUGCUCUUCCUCUACUUCGCUCCACUGUGGACGAGCGGGAUUCGUCUUCAUCCAAUCCUGCUUUCCAGAGCACCUCCGGUGGUGCUUUGCUUGCUCGAGAGGAGCGUCGUUUUGCUGUAACAUGCUGUAAAAUGAAAUAAUUUCGGUACAAUGAGACAGUAAGGGGGUACCUAGCUCUUCCUGUGGCUCUACCCAACGGGGUUGGAUAUAUUUUUUAUUUCCCUUCGUUAGGAUGGGGAAGGAGCAAGAGCUGCUGGAAGCGGCCCGAACCGGGAACGUAAUCUUAGUGGAAAAAUUACUUAGCGGUAAAAAAGGAUUACUGGGCACGUCAUCUGGAUCCAUACCGCUACCGAGUUUGCUGAGUAUCUGGCGAGGGCUGAACGUGAACUGUGUGGACAGCUCUGGGUACACCCCCCUGCACCACGCCUCCCUCAACGGACACAGGGACGUAGUCCUGAAGCUGCUGCAGUAUGAGGCCUCCACCAACGUGGCCGACAGCAAGGGCUGCUUCCCCCUGCACCUGGCGGCAUGGAAGGGCGACGUGGAGAUCGUCCGGAUCCUGAUCAACCACGGCCCCUCUCACUGCCGGGUCAAUGAACAGAACCACGAGAAGGAGACGGCGCUGCACUGCGCGGCCCAGUACGGCCACUCGGAGGUGGUGUCGGUGCUCCUGCAGGAGCUGACGGACCCCAGCAUGCGGAACAGCCGCAGCGAGACGCCCCUGGACCUGGCCGCUCUGUACGGCCGGCUGCAGGUGGUGCGCAUGCUGGUCAACGCCCACCCCAACCUGAUGAUCUGCAGCGCCCGCAAGCACACGCCCCUGCACCUGGCAGCCCGCAACGGGCACAGGACCGCCGUGCAGGUGCUGCUGGAGGCCGGCAUGGAGGUUAACUGCCAGACGGAGAAGGGGAGCGCCCUCCAUGAGGCAGCUCUCUUUGGGAAGAUGGACGUGGUGAGGCUCCUGUUAGACUCAGGAAUCGAUGCCAAUAUCCGAGACUGCCAAGGAAGAACCGCUCUGGAGAUCCUGAGAGAGCACCCAGCACAGAAGUCCCAGCAAAUCACAGCACUUAUACAAGAGUACAUGAUGGAGGAGUUGGACAGUAAGAGUAUAGCGGAGGAGCCAGUUCGCCAGUGUCCUGUCCCCACCCCCCGCACCUCCGUGUCAACACCAGCUGCCUCGCCCUCCCUCAAGAUCAAAAAUGACGCAGUGACAGGAGAGCUGUCCAAGCUGCUGAACGAGAUUAAGAUGUGUCGAGACAAGGAAUACUCCUUCGAGGACCUGUGUCACACCAUCUCCUCUCACUCCAUGGAGAGCUUUGGGAGCGGUCGUCUCUCUGACGAGGAACGCAACAGCACCCUCAGCAAAGUCAGCAAGCGCCCUUCCCCUCCCCUGGCCCCUGCCGCAGAGGAAGAUGAAGGAGAGAAGAGCUGUGGCCCCGCGGGAUUCUGGGAGGCGCUCACGCCCUGUAAUGGCUGCCGUAACCUGGGAUUUCCUGGGCUGUCUCAGGACUCCAAGCGGGCCGCGGAGAUCGUCCCGUCCCCGUCGCUCGACGUCUUUCUUCCCGAGGACGAGGACAACCCCUACGAGUUCGUGGCCACCGCCGUCACCCGCAAACCCUGCUCGCUGGACAUAAACCGCCCCUCUACCUGCUCCAGGAACGACCAUUCCCCCCAUGUGACCAUCGCAGAGCCCAAGCUUGGUAACCAUGGGAACCACUCCACGGGCCCCACUCCCGACUGCUCACCCCCCUCCCCCGACACCGCGCUCAAGAACAUCGAGAAAGUGAUCCGCCCACAGCCAAAGCAGCGCACGUCUUUGUCGUCGUCGCAGGACGUCCAGAGGCCGAACCACAGCUACGACCCCUCGGAGGUGAGCUCCUCUCUGGGGUACGCCAGCUUCACCACCAGCCCCCCGGUGAGCCCCCCCGUCAGCCCCCCGGUGAGCCCCGCCAACUACUCCACCGGCUCCGCCGAUGACUGCGGCCUGACAGAGGAGGUCCCGUGCCAGAGAGAGGCCCCAGUGGAGCGCAGUUUUCGGGAUUCCUACGUCCCGGAGCAGUUCGCCGGCCUGCUCCACGGCUCCUCCCCGGCCUGCGAGUCCCCGGACAACCCCUUCCAGCUUUACGGCAAGGUCCGCAAGUUCAGCGCCCCGGAGCCUGUCCCUGUCCAUCGCCACGGAAACCUCCUCCAGGCGCCGAGCCUGGGCGCCCCCCUCCCGCGCGCGGACAGCGAGGCCUCGGGCCUGAAGGCCGUCCGGCAGCCCAAGCCCCAGGUGGUCUACAGGACCAUCUUCCACACCAGGGUGAACCAGGACCAGGCCGAGCGCUCAGCAUCCCCGGCCGGGGCGAGGCAUGUGAGGAACGGGGAGCCAGCCAGCGGGACGGGCCCAGCGGGAGCAGGGUUCGAGGAGCGCGCCUGCACCCUCGGGAGGAUGCGCUCUGUCCCCAGGAACGUUCUGGACCUCCAGCUCUCCAGGAACUUCUCCAAAUCCGACUCCAACCUCAUCUCCGUCUCCCCUAUUGAGGAGGAACUCCGGCCGGGACGGGCCCAGCCCAAUCUGGCCAACUCCAACACAGCCGAAAAGCUGGAGAGGACCCCGUCUUUCACCGCUGAGUGGGAGGAGAUCGAUAAGAUCAUGAGCUCCAUCGGCGCUGGAAUCAGCACAGGGUUGGGCGGAAUCCAGGAAGACCUAUCAGGCCCCCGCUGCCCCGUCCAGUCCGUGGGCCAGUGGCUGGACAACAUCGGCCUGGUCCAGUACGAGAACCACCUGCUGGCCAACGGCUUCGACAGCGUGCAGUUCAUGGGAAGCAAUGUUGUGGAAGAUCAGGACCUGCUUGAGAUCGGGAUCCUCAACUCAGCCCACAGACAGCGCCUCCUACAGGCCAUCCGCCUCCUGCCUCGGGUGCGGCCGGUUGGCUACGACGGGAACAACCCCACAUCGGUGGCAGAGUGGCUGGAGUCUCUGGAGCUGGGGGACUACACCAAGUCCUUCCUGGUCAAUGGAUACACCUCCAUGGAGCUGGUCAAGAAGAUCUGGGAGAUCGAGCUCAUUAAUGUGUUGAAGGUCAGUCUCAUCGGACACAGGAAACGGAUUUUGGCUUCACUCGGAGACCGGCUACACGAAGACCCGCCCCAGAAGCCACCCCGGGCCAUCUCCUUAAGGGAGCCCACCGGGAACCACACCCCCCCGCAGCUCUCGCCGUCCGUGCCGCAGAGCGUGUUCACGGCCGCCGGAUCGCUGGACGUGCAGCACCUCAUCAUGCAGGCCGACGCCCGCAGACGCCGCAAUGACACCUACUUCGACGACGUGCCGCGCUCCAAGCUGGAGAGACAGAUGGCCCAAGUCAGUAUGCAAGGCGAGUGGUGUGAGCCAAUCACGUUGCGGCCGCCCAACGAGGCGACAUCAUCCACGCCGGUGCAGUACUGGCAGCACCACCCCGAGAAGCUCAUCUUCCAGUCAUGUGACUACGAGGCUUACUAUCUGGGAUCCAUGCUGGUGAAGGAGUUGAGAGGGACUGAGUCCACACAGGACGCUUGUGCCAAGAUGAGGAAGUCUACAGACCAGAUGAAGAAGAUACCAACUAUUGUCCUUUCAGUCUCCUACAAGGGCGUCAAGUUCAUUGAUGCCACCAACAAGAACAUCAUCGCCGAACACGAGAUCCGCAACAUCUCCUGUGCUGCCCAGGACCCGGAGGACCUCUCCACCUUCGCCUACAUCACCAAAGACCUCAAGUCCAGUCACCACUACUGUCACGUGUUCACUGCCUUCGACGUGAACCUAGCCUAUGAGAUCAUCCUGACGCUGGGCCAGGCCUUCGAGGUGGCGUACCAGCUGGCCCUCCAGGCACGGAAGAGUGGCCACGGCUCCUCCACGCUGCCCGAGAGCUUCGACGCCAAGCCCGGCAAGCCCAUCCCCAAGCCCCGCGUCAACAUCCGCAAGUCUAUGGACCAGCCCUCGAUGGAUCAAAAGGGCCACGCCAAUGUGCCAUGGAUAGUGGAGCCAGGGCAGGAGGCCAAGAGAGGAGUCAACACCAAGGCAAUGCCGGACGCUCAUGUCUUUUACUGUGGAAUGCAAAGAAUGUAGCCAGCCCUAAACAUGGACCCAAUUUACACAAAGUGUUAAAGGACUACAACUCUAAAAUGGACCCUUCACAGAGACAGUGUUAAAGGACUUCAACCCUAAACAUGGAUCCUUCUCAAAAAGGCACAAUGCUAAAGGACUACAACCCUAAAAUGGACCCUUUUUCACACACAGUGUUAAAGGACUGCAACUCUAAACAUGGACCCUUCUCAAAGACACAAUGCUAAAGGACUACAACCCUAAAAUGGACCCUUCUCACAGAUGAUGCUGAAGGACUACAACUCUAAACAUGGACCCUUCCCGCAGACCGUAUUAAACGACUACACCCCUAAACAUGGACCUCGCCUGGUGGACCUGUCUCACAGACGUAAGGGCCACAGGAUCAGAACGUGACCCUACUCACAAGCACAUGUGGCGACUACAAAGUACACUUUUUAUUUGAAUAUACCACUGGUAUGAUUAUAUCCCCGACCUCUCCUCCAGCUCCAAGCCCAGUAACGCCCCAGUAACGCCCCCUGUUGCCUGGGAGGAGGAACCCACAGGUUCGGCCUCCAAACCCUUUAUGGACAGCUGCCUUGCCUUGGAAACGAUAACCGUGGUUUCCGUUUUCAGACACACCACCUUACCAGCUGUCUCAUAUCAAAGCACCAACGAGGGACGUCCAACCCAGCCCGGGAUGACAGACUUCUAGUUCUCUUUUUAUUUAGAGAUUUGGGGGAAUUUUUUGUUGUUGUUGUUCAAGACCACAUUAUGAAUAUGAAUCCGAAUAUGCACAAUGUGAAUGGACUGGUCUUGCAGGACUGCCCCAAGUCAGGAAUGUUCUAAUGUGUCAGGCACUAGCACUGAGCACCAUGGGAAGGGAUGGUAGAUGCCAUCCAGUUCAAUAUCCAUUCUGCCAGAUGUUCAAUGUUUAAUAAGAUUACUACUUAUAUUACCAUUAUUAUUAUCAUUAUUAUUAUUGUGCAAUUAUGGUCAAUGUUGUCUUAAUGUUACAUUAUUUUUAUAUGAUAUGCUGAAUGGAAGCUGGGCUUGAAAAUAAUUUCCAUCCAAAAAAAUAUAUAUAAUUACAUACUGUAAGCGCAGCCCCUGAAGGUGCAGACGGCUACAGUGAGCUGGGGUUCGAGAUGAUAACCCAGUUGUUUAAUUUACACUGAACUCGGGAACUGCAAAGAAAACAAUGUAUAAUUUCUUGUGGGGCUGAACUGUAAUUAAAAGUCAGAUGUAUUAUUUUAACACAGUAUUACUAUAUGAGAAUAAAAACCAGUCCUCUUGUAAAUAGAUAUUUUGCCAAUUCAUUGCUCAAAUGUAAUGUAAAACUAGCAGGACAUCGCACUGGAAACAUGGUACCAAUUUAAAAAUAAAAAACGGAGAAAAGAGAUUGUACAAGGGGCAGUUGAUGGUGACCUCUCUGCAGACUAACACUUGUACAUAGGCUUGGUCUUCCAGUACACAGAUUUUGUAAUUUUGGUCAUUAUUUAUAUCCUUGUAAAGCACAUGGAAUAAACAUGACUUGUACAACCAUCAA